CGCCUCAGCCCGCGCGCUCGAGCUUCUCGCUCUCGCUCGCCCGCCCGCUCCCUUGCUAGCUCGCGCUUUCGCUCGCGCUCUCCUCGCGGAUCGAAGGGGCUCUAGCCACAGCCUGCGGCUGGGAAGGGAGACGGAGGCGGCGGCUCAGGGGGAACGAGGCUGCAGUGGUGGUGGUGGGAAGAUGUCGGGCGAGGACGAGCAGCAGGAGCAAACUAUCGCCGAGGACCUGGUCGUGACCAAGUAUAAGAUGGGGGGCGACAUCGCCAACCGGGUACUUCGGUCUUUGGUGGAAGCAUCCUGCUCAGGUGUGUCGGUACUGAGCCUGUGUGAGAAAGGUGAUGCCAUGAUUAUGGAAGAGACAGGGAAAAUUUUCAAGAAAGAAAAAGAAAUGAAGAAAGGUAUUGCCUUUCCCACCAGCAUUUCAGUAAAUAAUUGUGUAUGUCACUUCUCCCCUUUGAAGAGCGACCAGGACUAUAUUCUCAAGGAAGGUGACUUGGUAAAAAUUGACCUUGGGGUCCAUGUGGAUGGCUUCAUCGCUAAUGUGGCUCACACUUUCGUGGUUGAUGUAGCUCAGGGGACCCAAGUAACAGGGCGGAAAGCAGAUGUCAUUAAAGCAGCUCACCUUUGUGCUGAAGCUGCCCUACGCCUGGUCAAACCUGGAAACCAGAACACACAAGUGACAGAAGCCUGGAACAAAGUUGCCCACUCGUUUAAUUGCACACCAAUAGAAGGUAUGUUGUCACAUCAGUUGAAGCAGCAUGUCAUCGAUGGAGAGAAAACCAUUAUCCAGAAUCCCACAGACCAGCAGAAGAAGGACCAUGAAAAAGCUGAAUUUGAGGUACAUGAAGUAUAUGCUGUGGAUGUUCUUGUCAGCUCAGGAGAGGGCAAGGCCAAGGAUGCAGGGCAAAGAACCACCAUUUACAAACGAGACCCUUCUAAACAGUAUGGCCUGAAAAUGAAAACUUCGCGUGCCUUCUUCAGUGAGGUUGAAAGGCGUUUUGAUGCCAUGCCAUUUACUUUAAGAGCAUUUGAAGAUGAGAAGAAGGCCCGGAUGGGUGUGGUGGAGUGCGCCAAACAUGAACUGCUGCAGCCAUUUAAUGUUCUCUAUGAGAAGGAGGGUGAAUUUGUUGCCCAGUUUAAAUUUACAGUCCUCCUCAUGCCCAAUGGCCCCAUGCGGAUAACCAGUGGUCCCUUUGAACCUGACCUCUACAAGUCUGAGAUGGAGGUCCAGGAUGCAGAGCUAAAGGCCCUCCUCCAGAGUUCGGCAAGUCGGAAAACCCAGAAAAAGAAAAAAAAGAAGGCCUCCAAGACUGCAGAGAAUGCCACCAGUGGGGAAACAUUAGAAGAGAAUGAAGCUGGGGACUGAGGUGGGUCCCAUCUCCCCAGCUUGCUGCUCCUGCCUCAUCCCCCUCCCACCACGCCCCAGGCUCUGUGAAGUGCAGUUCGUCUUCUCCACCCAGGACCGCCAACAGAGCAGGGUCUCCCUGCCCCCAUCCCUGUCCCCACCCAACCCCUUCCAACAACAACCAGCUCCAACUGACUCUGGUCUUGGGAGGCCAGGCUUCCCAGCCACCGAAGACUACUUUAAAUAGAAAAGAGAAAUUGAAUAAUAAAAUCAGGAGUCAAAAUU